UUUGGUAUACCAUGAAAGUACCGUAGGGGCCGGUUUACCUGUAUUAAGCACUUUGACGGAUUUAAUAAGGACCGGUGAUAAAGUAAUUAAAAUUGAAGGGAUCUUUUCGGGCACUUUAAGUUAUAUUUUCAAUGAAUUCUCCAAGUUUGAUGGUGAAAAAAAGAAAUUUUCGGAAAUUGUGAAGAUUGCCAAAGAAAAUGGUUAUACUGAACCAGAUCCGCGCGAUGACUUGAACGGAUUAGACGUUGCUCGUAAGGUUGUCAUUUUAGGUAGAUUAGCAGGAAAAGAUUUAUCCUUAAAAACGUUACCCGUUGAAAAUGUAGUUCCUGAGCCAUUGCGCACCUUAUCAAGUGCCACAGAAUUCAUGUCAUCAUUACCACAAUUUGAUGAACACUUUGAAAAAUUGAAUGCUACUGCAAAUAAUAAUCAACAAGUAUUAAGAUACGUUGGUGUUAUUGAUCCUAUUGGUGAUAAAAGUGAAGUCAAAUUGGUCAGUUUGCCAUCUUCACAUCCUUUUGCUUCACUUAAAGGUAGUGAUAAUAUUAUUGCUUUUACUACUCAAAGAUUUCCUAAUCCUUUGAUUGUUCAAGGAGCUGGUGCCGGAGCUGCUGUAACUGCAUUUGGCAUUUUCUCUGAUUUAUUUAAAAUUUCCGAUAGAUAUUUUAAGUAA